AAAGUCUCUCUCUCGUUGUCGAAGAAUUAACAGGAUGCUUUCCAACGAGUCAGUCCCUCCUGCCUUCAGUCGCUCCAAUUCGCAGGCCUCCGUGGACAGCACUUCCAUGGAGGACUUCUGGUGUGAAGUAGAGAGCAUCAAGGAGAGCAGAGAAGAUGGAUCUGAAGAAGCACUGCUCUUGGAGUUCAAACCUGCUGAUGAAGGGGAACUGGAGGCAGAAUGGCUGCAAGAUGUAGGUUUAUCCACGUUGAUCUCAGGAGCUGAAGAGGAGGAUGGCCAAGCCCUGCUGUCCACUCUGACCAGAACUCAAGCUGCUGCUGUACAGAAGAGGUACAACACCUACACUCAGACCCUGAGGAAGAAGAACAAGCACACAGUCCGGGAUGUGCGAGACAUCUUUGGCACCAGUGACUCUUCUCCCACAUUUGAGACAGUUCCAGUGUCACCAGUAUCUCCUAAUGGUAUCCAGCUUCCUGGGCAGAAGCCAGUUUGGAAAUCAGUUAGCUCUAAGAGCUGUCUAGACUGUGGAAUAGAUAAAGGCAGCCCAUCCAUAACGGAAGAGCUCUCCUAUGAUGUCUCUUUCUCAGAAUCUAUUACAGUCCUUCCAAAAACUCAAGAGUGGCCAAAAAAUCAGAGGUUCAAAAAGGAAGACUCGGCUUUGCCAAAAUUCAUUGUUCGGAAAAGCCGCUUUGGACUGACAGAGGUUGGGGACCUCUCUCCCGAGGACAUGAAGAAGAUCCGCUACCUCUCCCUGAUCGAGCUCACGGCCUUCUACGACGCGCUGGGCGUGGAACUGAAGAGGAACCGUGUGGAGAGAGUGCGGGGACGAGAGAACGGUCUUUUCGGAGUCCCUCUCACCGUACUGCUGGAGAACGAUCAAAAGAAGGUUCCUGGAAUAAAAGUGCCCCUUAUCUUCCAAAAACUGCUGCUCAAGCUUGAGGAAACAGGUUUGGAAACUGAAGGAAUUCUACGGGUUCCUGGAUCUGCCUCCAGAGUCAAGAAUCUUCAUCAAGAACUUGAGGCAAAAUUUUAUGAAGACACUUUUGACUGGGACCAAGUACGAAAUAACGAUGCAGCAGGACUGCUGAAAAUGUUUAUAAGAGAACUCCCAAGCCCACUCUUCACAGUAGAAUAUUUGCCUGCAUUCAUCACUCUAGUAGAAAAAAUCUCCAAGAUCAAGUUACAACUACAAGCUUUGCAUCUGUUGAUCAUGCUGAUGCCUGAGGCCAACAGAGACACAGCCAAGGCCUUUCUUCAGUUCCUGAAGAAGGUGGUUGCUAAUGAAGGGAAAAACAAGAUGAAUUUGUGGAACGUGUCUAUGAUUGUUGCACCAAACCUCUUUAUCUACAAAGGGAAGCGUGCAAACCAACAAGAAAUGCAAGCAGCUGCCACCACUGCACACAUUGUGCGGCUUUUAAUCCGGUACCAGGACAUCCUGUGGACAGUCCCAUCUUUCCUGAUUUCCCAAGUGAGAAAAAUGAAUGAGGCAGCAAUGAACAACAGCAAGAGACAGCUGAUGUUUGACAAAGGAGUGAGAAAACUUCUGAGGAGAAAGACCAUGGAACGGGAGAGACCUGAAAGACCAGAGGGAGCUGUCACUUUUCCUCCCUACUUGCAGUCUGACAUACCCGAGGGGGUGAUAAGAGUUUAUGCUCCACUGCAUUCAAAAGUCUCUAUGGCAAUUCAACUCAACAGCCAAACAAAAGCCAAAGACAUCCUGGCUCGAUUCCACUGUGAAAACAGCCGUGGAUCAUCGCAGAACGUGAGAGGCCAGAUCCAAAGUUUACAUGAAAUUGGAGGAAAUAUAGGUCAACACUGUUUGGAUCCAGAUGCGUUCAUGCUAGAUGUCUACCGUGCAAAUCCUCAUGCAGAAUGGGUGAUAAAACCAAAAGCCAGCUGA